CUUUAUAAAGAGAUAGAGCUGGGCUCCAAAAUAACCAAAGUCAUCCAGUUCGACAGGGAUGAGUCCUGUAUGAUUGGCUACGGGUUUUCCAUCUCAGUGGUGGAGGAGGAUUCAGUGCAGCAGCUCUACAUUACCGAUGUGAAGGCGGGAGGAUUAGCCUUCGCUAAAGGUCUGAAUGCGGGGGAUGAGAUCUUGCAGCUGAAUGGGAAAGACUCGUGCAAAUUGAAGUUCGGGGACAUGAAGGGGGCGUUUUCCCAGGCCUCUCUGUCCCUGACCGUCAACACUUUGCCCUCCACGGACCGACGACAAAUCUGUUACCUGCCCCCCCGACGCUCUGACGCACAGGAAGUCCUCCACACAGACAUCUUCUCUAUGAACCAGGAGGAGAUUCUGGAUGACGGGGUUGGUCUGACGCUGGAGAGUUCUGGAGACAGCCUGGACGACGAAUCUGAGAGCUUCAGCGAGGCAGACCAAUGCAGAAAG